AUGGAGGAUACUGACAGCGAUUCGUCUCGGAGUUCUACGCAGGAGUUUGGUUCUUCACACUUUAACGAUCAGGAGAGUUUGAGAACAGCUGUAAGCGACGAUGACUGUGAAGAUGAGAAUCGUAAUAUUAAUUUCCAUUCGUCCAAUGCGAAUAUUGAAGAAUUCUACCAAAAUCAUCCUUGUGCUAUCAAUGAACCAUGGUACAUUCGUCAUUCGAAUUUGGUGGAUCAGACAACUGAUGCAGAUGAUGAAUAUGAUGAUUUUUCAGAUGAUGAUUAUAAUUCGAUUGCUGCUGAUCGCAAUGAUGAGCCGUUUGUACCCCCAUCAGAACGUGCUGAUGCACCAUUGUCAGGAAUUUUACAAAAUCCUGAGCUUGAUAAACUCGAUCCAAAGCAAUUUUUCCCAGAUUACUCACGCAACAAAAUCUUGCGAUUCUCUCGUCUUUUCGGGACUAACAUCAAGUCUUCAUCUAAAACAAGAAUUUGGUGGCCAUCAAAGACAUUCCGACCAGACAGUCCUAGACAAGAGGAAAAUGAAACAGUAGGAGCAGUAAGCGUGGAAGGGUCACAAGUGUUCAGAAAAUCUACAGAACUCGCGGAAACAUCGCAAUCGACUGAAACUUAUGGCACGAAGUUAAUAUUCGGGGAUCCUCCAGCCCCGGAAGACUGUCUUAUGGAUGAUGAAAUUCUUUUAAUGAAACCUUCAUCUUCAACUGUAUCGGCUAAAAAUGGUGAUGGCGAUGAAGAUGUGGAUGAUAUAUCACCGUGGAGAUUCGGUCCUGCUCGUAUUUGGUAUGACUCAAUGAAUGUUUUGUCUAAUCCAUCUCAUUUCGAUUAUGGGUUCAAAUUGAAGCGUGAACAGUUGUUGCAAAAAAAGAGUCCCAUGAAAGACGGGAAAGAUGAUAAAAGUGAAAAUGAAGUGAUCGAGGAAGAAAUUGGUCCUGGGUUGGCAGCGACUGAACCAUUUCCUCCGGAAACAUUCCUUCCUGUAAAUUUAAUUCGGUGGGAAGAUGACAUAAUGCUCAAUGAAGAACAGGCUCGGCGACAGAUUUUGAAAGGUUUGGCUUCUCAGUCAUCUGAUAAACUCCCUGAAUGUGGUUGGAUACCUACUCAGCAAACGAGAAAUUACGAGUCUUUUAUGAUAGCUUUUAAAACCCGUGCAUUUGAACAGAUGUUUUCGAAAUCUGGCACAUUUUCUUCAUUGAACAACGCAAAUUUGAACUUUCUAAAAGAACCAACUCCAUCUCAUUCUCUUUUUCCUAUGGAAAACUAUGACUUACUUUAUACGAAAUGGGAAGAUGACAUUAUAUGGGAUUCAGAAAAUAUGGAUCAUAUACCAGAGCCGAAACUCCUUACCCUUGAUUACUCAGACGAUCCUAAAUUAUUUGGUAUGCCAGAAGACAAAGCGACUGAGGAUAAGGUUCAGGAUGGUGAAUUGCCCAAUCCACCAAAACCGUUCGAUCGAAAGGAGCAUCAGUUUACAAAAAAAUCCAAAAUGAUUCUUGGCCAAGUACAACAGCGACAGAAACAAGAAGAAGAUGAACAGAUGGAGAGUUCUAUUGCUCAGCUGACCGACAAAGAUCCAUUUAACCUUAGUAACGAUGAUUAUUACAGACCUAAAAAUGUUGAAAGAACAGUCAGUUCCGUUUCCGGUAAUUCACUUAUUCAACACUCACUACCUGCGCAGAAUAUCCAUCGGACGUUUUUCCCGACACAUUUAAAUCCAUUUAAAUUGCGGCACUAUCAUCGUUUACCAUUGUCUAAAAGAAUCUUACGGACAACAGGCACUCGCCUCGUGUUCGUUAAAACACUAACCAAACUGAUCAAAGAAAAAGAAGAAUUUCGUGAAAAACAGAAGGCAGCAGAAGGAGGAGGUGAGAUUUUUUUCAUGCGUGAAGUGCAAGAUCUGUCGGGCAAAGAUGGUACUCUUUUACUGAUGGAAUAUUCUGAAGAACAUCCACCACUUCUAAAUCAGCCCGGAAUGGCCAGUAAAAUCAGAAAUUAUUACAAAAGAAAAGUUGGAAAAGAGACAGAUCCAGAAUAUGAAUUUGGUGAAACUGCUUUUACACAUACAUCACCAUUCCUGGGUUCUCUUGCACCAGGUCAAGGUUUGCAGUCAUUGGAGAACAAUUUGUAUCGCGCUCCCAUUUACAAACAUUCUUCGAAUUCAAAUGACUUUCUCCUUAUUCGUACAAAGCAAGGAUACUUUAUCCGUCAUUGUCCGAACUUAUUUCUUGUUGGUCAAGAAUGUCCGCUAUACGAAGUACCAAGUCCGAAUUCGAAGCGAGCAACAGUUUUUGUUCGAGAUUUUUUGUUGGCGUAUAUUUAUCGACUUUUCUGGGCUAGCGAUCAGAAUCCUAGGAGGUUAAAAAUGGAGGACAUCAAGGAAGCAUUCCCUCAUUAUGCUGAAAGUUCAGUGCGCAAGCGAUUAAAACAGUGUUCAGAUUUUAGACGAUUGGGGCAAGGUCCUGAUCAAAACUAUUGGGUUUUACGGAGUGAUUUUCGAUUACCAAGUAAAGAAGAGGUACUUGCAAUGGUAACGCCAGAAAUGUGUUGUGCACAGUAUAGUAUGCUAGCAGCUGAGCAGCGCUUAAAGGACGCUGGUUAUGGCGAGAAAUAUUUCUUCACUCCAGAAAAUGAGGAUGAUUCGGAUGAUCAGGUUACCAUCGAGGAUGAGAUAAAAUGCGCUCCAUGGAAUACGACACGAGCUUACAUAUCAUCAAUGAAAGGCAAAUGUUUGUUGGAUCAAACAGGUAUAGCUGAUCCAACCGGAUGUGGUGAAGCUUUUUCAUAUGUUCGUGUCAGCGCCAAACCACAAAAAGCGAAAGAAGAAGUGACAAAUGUUCCGAAACGAUUGGUAACUGGAACAAAUGCCGAUCUUAGAAAGCUACCAUUGAAGGAAGCGAAAGAAAUAUGUCGAGAUUAUGGUGUUAGGGAAGAAGAGAUUAAUUCGUUGAGUCGGUGGGAAAUAAUUGACGUCAUCCGGACACUGUCCACACAAGCUGCUAAAGCGAGAUCAGAUUUCUCCGGUAUGGCUCGGUUUGCUCGUGGAAAUAUCAGGUUCAACUUUGCAGACAUGCAAGAAAAAUACAAAAAAUUCUGUCAGCGAACAUUUGAUUUGCAAAAUCAGACAUUGUCAAAUACAGAUCUUUUGAGUACGGAUGAAGGAAGUAGUGGAGAGGACUCAGACAACGAAGAACUUGCAACAAAGCUUGAGAGCAUGCUGGAUGUUAAUAAAGGCAAAUCAUUCACAUUUGAUAAGAAAAAAUUGGAGUUUGAACAAGAGGAAAAAGAACGAAAAGCGCUGCAAAAAAUGCUUUGUGAUGAACCUGCAGGGUUGUCUACAGCUAAACAUAAAAAGGAAAAUGAUGUGAAAGACAAAGGAUUGGCAACAGCAGUGCUUAACGAAAUGCCAAAUUCUCAGACUCCAGCACUCUCUGUAACAAAGAAACUUAAAAUAUAUCGUACCUAUAGAGCUGAAGACGGCACAGAAACAACUCGAGUUGAAGUAAUUACACGCCAACAGCUAAUCGAUGCGUACGUUCGUAUACGCACGAGAUGUGAUGAAACGUUUAUUCGAGUAUAUGCGCAGAUGGAUGAGCAGUUUAAGGAAGAAAGAAGAAAAGAGAAACGACGAUUACAAGAUCAGUUACGUCGAAUUAGGCGUAACGAGCUCAAAGCCAAGCUUCAUGGUGUACCCAUUGGACAGCCUAUUACUAAGGCCAAAGUAGCGGAAAAGAAGCCGCCAGUUAUAAAACCAAAUUUGUUAAAAAUGAGAUGCAGUGCUUGUCAUGGUACGGGGCACAUGAAAACUAAUAAAAAUUGUCCAUUGUAUGGUAAGGAUCCGACGAAGACUAUCAAAACCGUUGGCGACAUUCAUCCGGUUGCUCUAACCGAUGAACAACUUGAGAAAAUGGCCGUUCCAUCAGGAGAACUGAUUGCAGUUGAAGGCACAAAAUUGAAAAUAUCAAGAAAAUUGUACAGUCAUGCAGAAAUGAUCAAAAAAAAUGCGCUUAGGCUUCAUAUACCUCGUGAACUGAUAGAAGGUGAUAAAAAACUGGUGGCAGAAGGAGACAAGCGAUCACCACUUAUUCCAGCUGAACAGGAAGAAAAUAUAAGUAUUGUGCACGAAAACGACGAUCAGGACGAUGUUGAUCCCGACAACAAUGUACAAAUUUCAGAAACUUCUGAACUACCUAAAGCAAGCAAAGUUCGAAUAACUACCAUUGGCUCAAAUAAGCGCCGUCAUACUGCUGAAAUGGAAGAUUACUUGUGCGGCCCACAAAAAACUGUCAAGCGGAUAAGAGCUGAUCCAAAAGUAUCGAUGUCGAUUGUUUUGAGUGAAAUAUUUAACGAUGUUCGCAGUAUCUCCGGUUGUGAAGAAAUUAUGUUUCCAGUUAAUCCAAAAAAAGUCCCAGAUUACUACAACAUUAUAAAAGAACCGAUGGAUCUGCAGCAAAUCAAAACAAAAAUUUCUGAGAAUAAAUACGAACUGAGACGGCAGUUCUUGUAUGAUAUCAAGCUGAUAAUGGAUAAUUCAAUACUUUAUAAUGGUGGUGGCCAUUCUAUUACAAUUACUGCCAAAAAUGUAUUUGAAAUGGCAUCGAGAUAUGUUGCUGAACGUGAACAGAAGUUGAUUGCCUUGGAGAAAGCAAUUAACCCCUUGCUCGAUGAUAAUGACAUUAUUGGUUUUUCGUUCAUACUGAACGAAAUUGUACAGGAAUGUAAAAAUAUACCUAAAAGCGUUGCGUUCCACUUUAAAGUUGAUCCAAAGAAGUUGCCUCAAUAUUAUGAGAAAAUACAUAAGCCAAUGGAUUUGGGUACCAUGCAACAAAAUAUUAAGGAGCAUCGGUACACUACUGUCGAAGCAUUUCGAAAUGAUAUUAAACAGAUCAGAAUGAACAGUGAGCUGUAUAAUGGACCGCCGGAGACAUCACAAUACACCUCUAAAGCUGUUGAAAUAUGUACAUUAGCCGAGAAGAUGCUUGAGGAACGAAAGGAACAAUUAGCAGAACUGGAGAUGAAUAUACAGUCAACAUUAAAUGAACAUGUAGAUCUCGAAUCAAAUGCUGCUAGUACUAUAUGUGCUGAAGAAGUGGAGGAACCAUCUCCAGGCUCAAAACCUGAUGGAUCGGAAUCAAGAAUGAGUGAAAAUAUAGUCAAAAUGGAACCAGAUGAUGAAGAAGCGACAAAAAUGGGUAAUCUACAGGAUGAUCUUGCUUUGAGUGGUGAUGAUAUAGAUGAUGAUGACCAGGAUUUAGGUAUGCCCAGAGGAAGCAGUUGUAAUGCAUCAGACGAAGUAAAUAACCACUACGAUGCGGAGAUUGAUUUGUUACAAUCUCGAAUGCAUAGUUCUGGUCAGUUGAAUGCAGAUCUGGCAUUGAGUGACAGCGAUGAGGAUGAUGAUGAACAGUUCAUAGAGGCAAAAAGACCAAAACUGGAAGAUCUUACUACGCUCUAA